GAUAUACUGCAAUUGAUCAAACAUUUUAGAAAUGCCGAUGAACUGCGAAACUACUGCGACAUCAAAUCUAUCUUAUCGGAGUUUGAUAUCCCAACAAACAUUACCGAUGUUCGACAAAGAUCCGUUAACUG